GCAUUGCUUCACAACCCAGAAUAGUCUUUGACGAAAGGAAACAAGAUGGACGAAGUACACGAAGUCGACAUAUGCAGGGUUUGUCGAGCUGAAGGGACACAUGAUAAGCCAUUAUACCAUCCAUGUAUCUGCACCGGAAGCAUAAAAUAUAUACAUCAGGAAUGUCUGGUUCAAUGGCUUAAACACAGCAAAAAAGAGUAUUGUGAAUUAUGUAAUCAUCGGUUUGCUUUCAAACCAAUUUAUGCACCAGACAUGCCAAACAGACUUCCUGUUAAGGACUUUGUUGGUGGCUUAGUAACAAAUAUUCUUAGAGCUCUUAAAUACUGGCUUCAUUACACACUUGUGGCCCUAGCUUGGCUUGGAGUGGUGCCUAUUACAGCAUAUCGCAUAUACAGAUGCCUGUUUGCUGGAUCUGUCAAUUCACUUCUUACUCUUCCUUUAGAUAUGUUAUCAACUGAAAAUUUAUUCUCAGACUGUAUACGAGGGUGUUUUGUGGUAGCUUGUACAUUAUGCGCAUUCAUCAGCUUGGUGUGGUUACGGGAACAGAUUGUGAUGAAUGGUGGUCCAGAAUGGCUGGAGCCCAAUGUUGUUGAUCCACUUCCCCAAGUUAAUGCUGUUAAUAAUGAUGCUGGGGGUGGUGCUGGGGAUGCUGCUGAGGGUGGUGGGGCUGGGGAAAAUGUUAACAAUGCACAAGAAGCACCAGAAGAGGAAGACAACAAUGGAGCCAAUCAGGAUGCAGAAAAUGGAGCUAACAAUGGAGAUGACGAUGGAAACUGGAAUCCUGUUGAAUGGGAAAGAGCUGCAGAGGAACUUACAUGGGAAAGGAUGCUUGGGCUGGAUGGCUCUCUUGUAUUUUUGGAGCAUGUCUUCUGGGUGGUUUCUCUAAAUACAUCCUUUAUUCUGGUCUUUGCCUUCUGUCCUUUCCACAUUGGCCAGUUCACAGUCAUUCUCUUGUCUCUUGAAGAAGUGUUUCAAUCAUCCAAAUUUGAAGGCCUAUUAACUGCUGUUUUGGGAUAUGUGAUUAUUGCUUUCUCUCUUAUAUUGUGUCAUGUAUCCUUUACUGUGAGAAACUUAGAAUUUAUUGUGCAAAUAUUGGGGUUGUGUUAUGUAGUAGUCAAAGUUUCACUGUUAAUGUUGGUAGAGAUUGGAUUGUUUCCAUUGGUGUGUGGAUGGUGGUUAGAUGUGUGUUCUCUGUCCCUUUUUGGAGCCACUCUGAAGGACAGGCUUAUCAGUGUUGAUUCAGCACCAGGUACAGCCAUGUUUCUUCACUGGCUUGUUGGCAUGGUUUAUGUGUUCUACUUUGCUUCAUUUGUGCUCCUGCUCAGAGAAGUCCUCAGACCAGGUGUCCUGUGGUUUUUGAGAAAUCUGAACGACCCUGACUUUCAUCCAGUUCAGGAGAUGAUACGGCUCCCAGUUUACAGACAUGCAAGGAGGUUCUUGCUAUCCCUGGUUGUUUUUGGCACCACAGUGCUGUUGAUGAUGUACCUUCCUGUCAGACUCAUCAAAUGGCUUCUGCCUAACUUCUUGCCUUACAAUGUCCAGUUAUCCAGUGAGGUGCCAGUCAGUGAAUUAUCUCUGGAGUUGCUUCUUCUGCAAGUUGUGUUACCAGCAUUGUUAGAGCAAGGUCAUACUCGUCAGUGGUUGAAGAAUGUCAUGCGUGGCUGGGCUGUGACAGCUGCAUUUGUUCUAAAUCUUCGAUCGUAUCUUCUGGGAGAUGUGCCCUUGGAUGGUGUAGUAAAUGUGUAUGGUUUACAUUUGAAUAAUCGGAACAACCAACGAAAUGCAGGCAAUGUCCCUCAAGUUAAUGUCGCUGGCCAGAAUGCAGUGCAGGCUCCACCGCCGUUUGGUGGUCACGGUGCUGGUGAAGGGGGAGCGGCUCUUGGAUUUCAGCCUUACAUCAGACCACCCAUGUUUGUGUUCAGGAUUCUGCUGCUUGUCGUAUUGAUGUGUAUGUCGCUCUCUCUUGCAAGUUUCGUGUCUUUAACUGGCCCUGUGUCCAUUGGCCGUAGCGUGAUGCUGUUGUGGAUGGGUGAUGCGUCUGUGCACGAGCUGUACACUGCAGCAUGUGGUCUCUACAUCAUAUGGCUUGUGUGUCGAGUGGGAAGUGUUCUUGUCUCCUGGGUGCCUCUUGGUUGGAAGGGUGUGGCCAUGAAGUUCUUCGAGUGGUUUCUCUUGGGUCUCAAAUGUGUUAUUGUGGCUCUUGCCCUAAUUGGCUUGGUACCUUUGUUGCUGGGCCUACUGUUUGAGCUCGUUGUGGUUGCACCUCUACGAGUCCCUCUUGAUCAAACUCCCUUGUUUUUCCCAUGGCAGGACUGGGCUCUGGGCGUGCUCCACAUGAAAAUCAUAUGUGCGGUGACUAUGAUGGGACCGAAUUGGUGGCUCAAGGGAGCCUUGGAACAGGUCUAUCAAGAUGGUGUUCGGAAUGUCAACGUCAUGUUCAUUUUCCGUCAUGUGACCUUACCCGUUGUAACUUGUCUCCUAUUGGCUGUUUCGUUCCCUUACGUCAUCGCUGCUGGCGUGGUACCCAUAUUUGUGCGAUCGCCCGAGACCGCCCUGUUCUGUCUCCGUCGUAUUUAUCCGUUCUUACUGGCCAUGUUCAUCUUAAUUGUGGGCUUCAUAUUCCAAGGGCGACAAUUUCGACUUCUCUACGAACGCAUCAGGAAUGAUAAAUAUCUUGUUGGCCAAAAGCUAGUUAACUAUGAACAUGGCAAACGCCCAGCCAAGGCUGCAACUAAACCCAAAGAAGAUGCCGAGUGAAUUGAGCUCACAUGAAACCAUUCAUGGCAUCAACUGUGAACUGCACGUCACGCAACUCUUCUCCUUAGUAACGUCUUCAAAUCAAGAAGCGUUGCGUGACUGCGUGACAGUCCAGACAAUUACCUCAAUGGCUCAUUAUAGAAUUGAAUUAUUUAGAAAAAUAACCAGAAAAUAUUACACAAAGUACCAUCCUCUUCAGGUCCGUGAAAUCCACGGUAAGAGCUGAAGAAAAUGAAACACAAAGAUUUAUUUAUUCCCUCCUAAAGGGCGCAAUAAUUGUUUGAAAAUCGGUAACUUUAACAUUACCCACUUUAGUUUAAAAAUGUAUGUUGUCUUUAUAGCAAGUGUUUGAUAAUUUUGUUGUUACACAUACUAAUAAAAUUAAGAAAUGUAAAUAAAAGACUUUAAUGUUUCAGACGAAAUGGGGAGUUGAUUUAUUAACGACAAUUUAGUUUUGUGGUAGAGCUUGAAACAACUACUACUGUGCUGCGGGUUUUGAUUUAGAAGUUUGAUCGAAAAUUGGACAUAAUAAAUAGUGGAGCAGUUGGUCCCAUUUCUCAUCUUCGCGGGACGCGGGUGAUCGUCACGGGAUACGGGUACCCCGGAAUACAUGUACAACGACACGUGGCGAUACGCCCGGGCCGCGAAGACUAUUUACUGAGUCGAACACCGUUUGAUUGUUUGUGUUUCGUUGUUUUAGUUGUGGUUUUGUCCAUGUGGUUUUUAGGAAGAGUUUUCCUUUUGUAAAUUUAAAUUCAAAUUCGUCUACAAGACUGGGCAAGCUGUUAGCUUAUUAAAUCUUAAUGUAUAGAGAUUAAGUGUAAAUACAAGUCAUGGGUUUAAUAUUUUGGUAGACAGAAUUUGCUAGUGAAGCUAUCUCGUGAAGCUUGUAGGGAAAAUAAAUCUCUUAAAUAAACUGUCCUCAUCUCGCACA